GGGAAAAGAAUAAAAAGACGAGUUUACUCUUGCCCUCGUAUCUCCAGCAAAUAACGUUUUGUGACUUCUCAAUCGUCUCAACGACUACCUCCGAUUUUUUUCAGUAUAUGCGAUUUCACCUUCUCACCAUCACCAGGUACAAGUGAUUCAACCAGGUAGCAAGGUAUCCUUUCACCAUACAGACGUUGCAUUGCAUAUUAGGUGUUCGAGAAAAUUCCUAAGUUUAAGAAGCUGAGAAAUCAUCAUGGUGGGAUUUAAAAAUAGGUACAUGGUGAUGGAGGUGUCUGUGGAUCCAAAUAAAGAUAUUUCAAAAGAUGAUCCCAUUAUUCUUAGCCAACAUAAUGUUUCAAAAGCAAUCAAAGACAGCAUUCUCCUCAACUUUGGCGAGUGUGGCCUUGCCUCUUCACUAGGAUCAUUACAAGUCAAAUAUGUGAAUCCGAUCACGAAAGUGUGCAUUAUAAGAGCUUCAAGGGAUGAACAUCAAAAAGUUUUGGCUGCAAUUACAAUGGUCAGGAGUGUAGGAAAUUGCCCUGUGGUUUUCAAUCUAUUGGAUCUUAGUGGAAAUAUCAGGGCCUGUAAAUCUGCAGCUUUAAAGUGUGAAGAUUUGAUAUUUGAAAAAGUGAAGAUCAUAUGCGGGAUUCCCAGAACAGAAGAUGUGAACAAACAUAUGCAAAAUCUUGAGAGAAUUAAGAUGUUAGAGCACUGAAAGAACGACUUAAUAGAGAAAGCCAAGGAAAUACUAUGUAUUUAAUUUACAAAAACUAUGAUUAAAUUAACGAUGUAUACUUUUAAAUUGUUGGACAUGUUUCCUUUAUAGCUAAAUUUAUUAAGUUUAA